AUGUCCAAGCAGCCCAGUCAGCAUGAUCUCCAGCUCCCGAUUAUCGCACACACCACACAGGACGGCCUGGGUAAAAAUCAGACUACGAACUACAUUAUCUUAACUUCUCGAAGGAGAUUCGAGGGCCUCGUGCUGCUAUCGUUCUCCGUCUUCGUGUGCUUUUGGUAUACGACAUGGUUUGCUGCAGUGCCAAGAACCGUUUUCGAAGAAUUGGAUAAUACGGGGUCUUACUUUCGGCAGAGCCAGAAUUGGGCGCAGUAUUCGCCAUACUAUCCCGUGGAACCGUAUCGCUCUCCGCCGUCGAAUUGUGAGGUCACGCAGGUCAACAUCCUUCAAAGACACGGCGCACGCUACCCCACCGCGGGAUCAUCAAAACAUAUACGAGGCGCUCUGAAGAAGCUGCUAGCCGUGCGCAACUAUACGGACCCUCAGCUACUGUUCCUGCACAACUUCACGUACAAUCUCGGCGAAGAUGACCUCGUCCCCUUUGGCGCUUACCAAUCCUUCGAAGCCGGCGGAGAUACAUUCCAGCGAUAUGCACACCUUGUCAGCGAGGACAAUAUGCCCUUUGUGCGGGCGUCGAGCGAAGAACGUGUCGUGAUGUCUGCGACGAACUGGACGGCAGGCUUCGCCGCGGCCAGUUCCCACAAAUACACGCCGGUGCUGUCUGUCAUCCUCCCUGAAGAUGCGAACGACACCCUCGCGGACAAUAUGUGUCUGAAAGCAGAGCCCGACGAGGAGAAGAAGGCCAAAUGGCUGAAGAAGUACGCGCCGCCGAUCACUAGGCGGCUGAACGCCGGUGCGCCGUAUGCGAAGCUCGAUGACGAGGAUACCUCCAGUCUCAUGAGCCUCUGCCCGUUCGAGACGGUUGCGACGCAGUCGCCCAGCGCCUUCUGUGCAGUCUUCGAGGAUAUGGAGGACGCGUUCUCCGGAUACGAGUACAGCGGGGACCUUGACAAGUACUACGGCACAGGGUAUGGCGGGAAGCUCGGGCGCGUGCAGGGCGUAGGCUACGUGAACGAACUCCUCGCGCGGCUGACGGGUAACCCUGUGCGCGACCACACGCAGACAAAUCGCACGCUCGAUUCUUCGCCCGAGACGUUCCCGCUUCACCGCAACCUCUACGCCGACUUCUCGCACGACAACGAGAUGGUCGCUAUCUACACCGCGCUUGGGCUCUUCCGGCCGAAAAUGCCUCUGCGCCCAAAACAUCCUGACCCGAAACGCAGGUGGCGCGCCUCUAGGUUGGUCCCGUUCUCUGCGCGAAUGGUCGUGGAGCGCUUGGAGUGCUCCGGGCGCGCGGUGAGCAGGCAGUACGUGCGCAUACUGGUCAACCAGGCGCUGCAGCCGCUUGAAUUCUGUGGAUCGGGGGACGGGCUGUGCACCCUUAGUGAUUUUGUAGAGAGCCAGGCAUAUUCCCGUAGCGGUGGUGAGGGUGAUUGGGAAGAGUGUUUCGAGUGA